AGACAGAGCUCAACUUGUAGAGCCUGUGAUGAAAGCUCAGGCGGAAUGAAGAAUGCCGUUGUGUUGAUCAGUCGCUCGGUGCUUAUCGAUAGCGGACGACACGUUCCAGAUCAACCGCGCGCCGUACAUGAUCGUCACCCGUCCACCAUGUGAAGCGCGCGCCGACUGAACGCGUCGCGCAAAAUAUGUAUCACCUUUUCAAGUCCAUAUAUCUCCAUGCCACGAGUAAGGAAGAGUACUCGGUUCUUCUCCUCGGUCUCGACAAUGCCGGCAAGACAACGCUGCUUGAGCAGAUAAAAGGCACCUACACGCCUUCCCACCCCAACCUCAAAACUGUCCCGACGGUCGGACAGAAUGUUGCUACCAUCGCGCUUCCUCCUCCAAAUCCACCAAUAUACCUCAAGAUAUGGGAUGUUGGUGGCCAACACAGCCUUCGUGGGCUGUGGCAAUCCUACUACAGUAGCUGCCAUGCUAUCGUCUUCGUCAUAGACAGCAGCGAUGUCGGCAACGCUACUCUUGCUGAUAUGAGCGCGAACAAUGCAGCAAGCAUAGAGGAUAUCGGGCGCCUGGACGAGUGCAAGAUGGUUCUAGAGAGCGUCUUGGCCAACGAAGAUGCUAGCGGCGUUCCCAUUCUAAUACUCGCCAAUAAACAAGAUCGUGAAGAUUGUGUCGAAGUAGUCCGGAUCAAAGAAGGCUUUGUGAGGAGAGUGUUCGAGGGAGAAAAGGGUGGCAAUGUGAGGGACAGCAGAGUACUCCCGUGCAGUGCUCUCACAGGAACUGGCGUGCAGGAGGCGGUCGAAUGGUUAUGCAGCAGGAUGGCUUUCAACAAGGAGGCAAGACCACCGGUUAUGAGGUAGCUCCAGACGCCAAGCUCAGCACGAUGUCAUGAAUAUACCCGCAUUUUUAUCUACUCCUGCGUCAGAAGCAUCUACUUCAGAUUCUUCCUUUCUCUGCAUAUUGUUUGACAACUUCGUACUUUCCUGAUGACUCCCUCAAAUGACUAGAAGU